AUGAAUUGGAACAGACGCCAGGCGCUGGCCUGUUUACUAGCGGCUUGCUUCCUUCUCCUAUUAUACCGGUCCACUCGUUCGUGGAACAAGGCCGAUCCUUUACUUACUUCCGCGCCGAUCAAUCUCAGCACCCCAGUAGAAUCAGAAAAUACUUCAAAUCAGGAUGGUAUCAGCGGCUCCUUCUGGCGAAACCUGCCUGCUUGCUUCCCUGUUGUGUCUAUCGCAUCGCUGCCUCAAGACAAUCCAGCAAACCUUCGUCAUAUUCAACUGCCAACUUCCAAGUUCUCUCGCUUGACACUUUGGUACCAGUUAGAUCGACAAUCAGCUGUUCAAGACGCUUUCAAACGAUCUUGGACUUCGUACAAAUCCAGGGCAUGGCUGGCAGAUGAGUUGGCACCGCUGAGCGGUCUACCCCAGAAUGGCUUGGGUGGAUGGGCCACUACGUUAAUCGACAACUUGGAUACACUGUGGGUGAUGGGAAUGCGAGAGGAUUUCAACCAAGCUGUUGCUGCCGUGGCGAACGUCAACUUUGAAGAUACCCUGUCACCCGAGAUCAACACCCACGAGGUCAAUAUUCGCAUCCUUGGGGGCCUAUUGUCUGCGUACGAUUUGAGUGGCGAUCCAAUACUAUUGCAAAAGUCAAUCGAGGUCGGUGACAUGCUCUAUACCAUCUUUGAUACUCCAAAUAGAAUGCCGAUCAUUCAUUGGGACUUGCACAAGGCUGCGCGACAGGACGAGCAACAGGCUGAAGAAGUGGUGUCGGCUUCGGAGCUUGGAUCUUUUAUUCUGGAAUUCACUCGACUCUCGCAGAUCACGCGCGAUCCGAAAUACUUCGACGCGGCACAGAAUGUGAUGACAAAACUUGAGCAAGGACAAGAUCAAACAAGACUACCGGGCAUGUGGCCCGUAAAUCUGAACGCUCGAACGGAGAAUUUCGACGGCGACUUCUUCACCAUGGGCGCCGAGGUCGAUUCUCUUUAUAAGACUUUACCAAAGGCCCAUAUACUGCUCGGAGGACAUAUAUCGAUAUACCGAACUAUGUACGAGAGAUUCACACGCACCGCAGCCAGCCACAGCCUCUUCCGACCACUUAACGCAGAGAGCAAGGAUCUCCUACUCCCUGGCUUAGUGCGAGUAACGACGAGCCCAAACGAGAAACAGCGAACAAAACUCGAAGGCCAAGUUAAUUAUCGCGGAUGCUUUGCCGGAGGACUAUUCGCAAUGGGUGGACAACUCUUCAACAUCCCAGCCCACCGACAAAUAGCAAAUAAGCUAGUGGACGGCUGUAUCUGGACACACGAGAUCAUGCCGAUGGGCAUCAUGCCUGACCGUCUUGACAUUGUACCUUGCGCAUCACAACGGAAAUGUCCCUGGAAUAAGUGGUUCUGGAGACAGGAGGUGUGGAAGAAGGCGAAUAAUCAGCGGGAACCUGAUCAAGUAGUCAUUGUCGAUGCCUUUAUUAAGGAUCAUAGUCUACCUGAAGGGGUCAUCUCGAUCCCCGAUACGAGGUAUAAUUUGCGACCGGAGAUGAUCGAGAGUAUGCUGAUUUUGCAUCGCGUUACUGCUCGUGAGGAUCUUCUGGACGUUGCGUGGGGAAUGUUUCUGAGUAUUCAGAAUGCCACCAGCGUUGAGAAGGGUAAUGCGGCCAUUGUUGAUGUGACGGCAGAAGGUGCUCAUAUCCAUAUCGAUUCGAUGGAGAGUUAUUGGAUGUCUCGGACGUUAAAAUACUUCUAUCUCAUAUUCAGCUCGCCUGAUUUGUUGAGUAUGAACGAUUAUGUGUUUAAUUCAGGAGGGCAUCCACUCAAGAUCCCGAAGCAUGUGGAGGAAGAUUGA